CGACACAGAUACCGCUCUGCCGCCGCACAUGCUCUCGCGUCCGACUUUCUAUCUGCCCGCGCUGCCGACAUUGAGACGCGCCUCUGGAACGCACACAAUCGCGUAAAUGUACGUCUGCGCAAGCAGCUCAGCAAGCUGCGCAAGGAUCGCUCCAGCAAGCCGGUCGAGACUCGCAAAUUUAUCAAGCUAUAUCUUGAAUUUCUCAAGGACAGCCAGCGGCAUUACCGGGAUUACAUUCAGAAGCUGAACGCCAGAUUCGGUGGCAUUCAGGACCUUGAGCGCAUCGCUCGCCAGGUCCGAUCAGCCCCUGUGCUGAUGUCUUCGAGACAGCCCGUGUCUCCGCAGAUCCAGGCUGCCGUCUCGCUAUCUUGUCACCAAACUCUCAUUUAUCUUGGUGAUCUGUUCCGCUAUCGUGCUGCCGAGAGACUCGACAAGGAGCCAGACUGGGGACCCGCAAUUGGUUACUACGCCCUGGCAGCAUCUCUGCGACCCGAUUCGGGACUCGCUUUCCAUCAACAGUCCGUCGUUGCCUUUGAACAAGGCGACUAUCUCCGCUCUACAUACUAUCUUUACCGUUCUAUCAAUGUCAUCGAACCCCACCCCAACGCCAUUCCUAAUCUGGAACUACAAUUCAAGAAGAUUACCGCUGGAUGGCAGAAAGGCGACCUGGUGCCCAAAAACUCUCCUCAGGAUCCCGUUGCUUCGCGCAAAGCCUUACUAUCUUGGUUCAUUCGCUUCCACAGCCUCAGCUACAAUGGUCAUUUUUUCACCGGCUACGACGAGCUCGAGCGUGAAGUUCUGAGUCGCACUGUCAACGAGAUCAAAGCGCGCGCUCCGGACGGUAUCCUUUCUAAAAUGUCCUUGAUCAACUUCUGCGCCCAGGCUACCGCCGGCAACCAAUUUGAGAGCAAGCCCGAUCAGCACAAGUUCAUGCAGUCUUACUUCUUUUUUCUGCGUCUGAAUGUGAAGUUCUUCACAGCCAUCCUGGAAAUCUACCAUGUCGACCUCGAAAAACACCUCCAGGAGCACACCGAAGCUUCAAGCCUCGUUGAUAAGCUUACUGACUUGGCACGUCAUGUCUUGCCGGCUUUGCGUCUCUACAGUACUUGGUUGUUGAGUAAUGCUCAUAUCGUCGCGGCACGUGUCGGCGACCAGCCUAUUCAAGAAGCCAUGGAUUACUUCUGGCACGUUUACGCCAAAUCGCUGUCGGUCAUGGCAUACAGCUUUUCGUUUCGCGAGCUUGGCGAGGUUCCGUACCAACUUGAGGAGGAUGUCGACGCCUUUGGUCUGAAGCCUUUGAAUUCUGACAAAUCACGCAAAGUCUGGGUAGACGAUGCAACCGGACAAGCCAAGGCCAAAUACAAUGAUGAAGGUGUUCAUCGUCUCGACCACAACCAGGAGAUGCUCGGAAGAGUCCGUGAACUUCUCUUCGAUGCCUUGCUACUUGCCGUGGAUAAGGUUCGUAAACAAAUUUAUCGCGUUUCGUCCAUAUCAGGCUGA